AGCGGUGUCCUUGAAACAGCUGUCCAGUGGGUUAGAGGUCAAUUCUGAAUCCCAGAAACAUGAACACAUGCCCUCUUCAUCUACCAUCCCCUGUCUCACUCCCCCUCCCCCCUCCCCCCUCUCCAAUGAGCAGACAAGGGAAUGGUGCGGAGUGUGUCAGAGAAACAUGAAUUGAACUCUGCACUGAGCCUUCAGAACAAAAAGGGUUUAGUUCUCCGACUGAGAGGUGAUCUGGCCUAAAGGGAUCCUGCAGAGUGGCAGACUGAGUGCACAAGAAGAGAGGUGGUGGUGGUGGUGGUGGGGAGGGUAAUACACACACUCUGGCUGCACACGCUGUUUUGUUUUAGUUCUGGGAUGUAAUCAACAGAGGGUGCAGUAGAGGUACUGGGCAGUGAACAGUUAAUCCAAUGAAAGCACUGUUGGGUAGCAGCAGAUGCCCUAGUACCAGGGAACAGCUGGUCUUCAUGCCAAACGGAUCUUGUCGGUUCCCUCUGUUUCGUGUAGGCGGAAAGAUGAGUGAUGAAAUGAACUCUCAGUCCCUCGAUCCCCUUUUAAGCGCCACUAACAGCACACCUAAUGGUAACGACCAGCCAGGUUUCCAUGGAGACCGGUGGAAAAGAUGUGCAAGGCAAAGCGCAUCUGCAGGACAUGCCAGUAUUGCAUCAGCAUUCUCAGAGUACCUUAUCUGGAGGGAUUCGAGGAUCUGUCAGUCUAGCUUUGUAUUGACCCGUGCUCUACAGACGCAGCGCUGGAUUACACACACACGUUUGUUCUAUAUAUCCCUGCAUGUCUGCAGACUGGCUGGCUGUCGGUAUGCAUCAUACUCUUCAAAACUGAGCACGCAUGCUGCUGCAUUGCAUAGUGCUGGGAGUCAGAACUCCGGGAAACCAACCAGUUGGCCUGUAGCUUCCGGACACGUCACGGUGUGAGUCGACAGCCUUCACCUUUAACUCGUUACAAAUAGACAGCUUUAAGAUUAUAAUAUAUAUAAAUAUAUAAUCCCGUAUUAUUAAAACCGUCAUGAAGUCCGUGUUUGUCACGGUGGGGACAACAAGCUUCGAUGAAUUAAUAUCUUGUGUAACAUCAGAGGACGUCAUCCAGGCGCUUCGGGAGCUUGGCUAUGGCAGGCUGGUUCUGCAGAUCGGACGCGGCGCUGUCCAACCCGUUCCGUACAGCUCGGCUCAGUUUACCCUCGAGGUGUUCCGAUACAAGGAUUCCAUAACAGAAGAGAUCCGAACCGCCAACCUCGUCAUCAGCCAUGCCGGUGCGGGGAGCUGCCUGGAGACCCUGGGAGCCGGGACUCCUCUUCUGGUUGUUGUAAAUGAUCAGCUGAUGAACAAUCAUCAGUUAGAGCUGGCCAGACAGCUGCACCAGGACGGGCAUCUCUACUACUGCACCUGCAGCAAAUCUUUUCUGUGGUGUCCACACCUUAACACCAUCCCCAAUGAGAUAAGAAGAGGCAGGGGUGUUGACACAGCAGGAAGAGCUGUUGUUAUUUGCAAGAUAGAUUUCCAUCAGCAGAGGCUGGAGCUGCGAAAGCAGGCCUGGGAGGACACUCUCGGACACUUUGAAGACGAUGGAUCUCUCCGCACUUAACCCUUUCCUGCCCGGCCAAACGGAGAAGUUUGCCGCAUUCCUGGACAAAGCAGUUGGGCUGCAGUGAACAAAGUCCCUUAAUGUUUUAUUUUAAAGACAGACGUCAUGGUGAAAGCUGUGCGCUGUACACUAAAGGGUCUGUGUUUGUUUGGGUUUUUUCUCAGCAAGGGUUAUAUUUCGAGGGUUUCCAACAUGCUAAGGUGAACCCGCUCUCACGCCCCUCAUCCCUUAUGUUUUGUCUAAUAUUUUACAGUGAAUUUGAAACUGAUCAUAAAUUCUGAGGUCAAUCAAAGGCAUUAGCCUCAACCUUGACCUGACUUUGUUUCUUCUAAGCUUUCCCUUGGCAUGAGCGUUUUGAAGUUCUGAUUGAAGGAUAUUGAUCGAUGUGCUGUGGGCAGCUGGCCCAGCUGUACUGGUUUGACUGGAAAUGCCUGUUUUCCACACCGGACUGUCAUGUGUUUCAGCUUUAACUUGUUAAAGAAACCAUUAAUAAACAGUAAAGAUCUCUGGGUAACCAUGUAGUUGCUAGUUGCCUGUAUUGUAUUUUGGGGUAUGCUGAAUUGCAUUGUACAGCCUUACUUACAGACCACCAAUUUAAAACCAGUAAGAACAUAAGAAAGUUUACAAACGAGAGGAGGCCAUUCGGCCCAUCUUGCUCGUUUGGUUGUCAGUAGCUUA